GGCCCCGCCUCGCCGCGCCGCUCGCCGCCGGGCUAUCACUGACGUGUCUCUCGGCUCAGGAAACCUGCUCCGGAGCUCGCGGCGUCGCCUCACUCGAAGUGGAGCGCAGGCGGAGCAGGACGUGGAAUUGGAUCACCCGCCGCCAUGGCGAUCAAAUUUCUGGAAGUCAUCAAGCCAUUCUGUGUCAUCUUGCCGGAAAUUCAGAAGCCAGAGAGAAAGAUUCAGUUUAAGGAGAAAGUGUUGUGGACAGCCAUCACCCUCUUCAUCUUCCUAGUAUGCUGCCAGAUUCCCCUGUUUGGCAUUAUGUCUUCAGACUCAGCCGACCCUUUCUACUGGAUGCGAGUGAUUUUGGCCUCUAACAGAGGUACCUUGAUGGAGCUGGGCAUCUCUCCUAUUGUUACCUCUGGCCUUAUCAUGCAGCUCUUAGCUGGUGCCAAGAUAAUUGAAGUUGGGGACACCCCAAAAGACCGAGCUCUCUUCAAUGGAGCCCAGAAGUUGUUUGGAAUGAUCAUUACUAUCGGUCAGUCCAUUGUGUAUGUGAUGACGGGCAUGUACGGGGACCCUUCAGAGAUGGGUGCUGGAAUCUGCCUGCUGAUCACCAUUCAGCUCUUUGUUGCUGGCUUAAUUGUCCUACUUUUGGAUGAACUCCUGCAGAAAGGGUACGGCUUGGGCUCUGGCAUCUCUCUCUUCAUUGCUACCAAUAUCUGUGAGACUAUUGUUUGGAAGGCAUUCAGCCCCACCACUGUCAACACUGGCCGAGGGAUGGAAUUUGAAGGUGCCAUCAUUGCACUCUUCCACCUGCUGGCUACCCGCACAGACAAGGUCCGAGCCCUCCGAGAGGCAUUCUACCGCCAGAAUCUCCCUAACCUCAUGAACCUGAUUGCCACCAUCUUCGUCUUUGCUGUUGUCAUCUAUUUCCAGGGCUUCCGAGUGGACCUUCCAAUCAAGUCAGCGCGUUACCGAGGCCAGUAUAACACCUAUCCCAUCAAGCUCUUCUACACCUCGAACAUUCCCAUCAUCCUGCAGUCCGCUCUGGUGUCCAACCUGUAUGUCAUCUCCCAGAUGCUGUCAGCACGCUUCAGUGGCAACCUGCUGGUUAGCCUACUAGGCACCUGGUCGGACACGUCAUCUGGAGGCCCUGCCCGUGCUUAUCCAGUUGGUGGCCUGUGUUACUACCUGUCUCCUCCAGAAUCAUUCGGUUCAGUGCUGGAGGACCCUGUCCAUGCGGUCGUGUACAUUGUAUUCAUGCUGGGCUCCUGUGCGUUCUUUUCCAAAACAUGGAUCGAAGUUUCGGGUUCUUCUGCCAAAGAUGUUGCAAAGCAGCUGAAGGAGCAGCAGAUGGUAAUGAGGGGCCACAGGGAGACUUCCAUGGUACAUGAGCUCAACCGGUAUAUCCCCACAGCUGCGGCCUUUGGCGGGCUUUGCAUUGGGGCCCUCUCUGUCCUGGCUGACUUCCUGGGUGCUAUAGGAUCUGGAACUGGGAUCCUGCUGGCAGUCACCAUCAUCUACCAGUACUUCGAGAUCUUCGUCAAGGAGCAGAGUGAGGUGGGCAGCAUGGGAGCCCUCCUCUUCUAAGCCUGUGUGCCCAUGGACCAGGGUGAGGGCACAGGCUCCAGAACCGCCCAGGAAGGAUGCUCUUACCACUCUGGAGCGUGCUACUGUGGCAUAGGGACUUUAAAGGUUUUUUUGUUUUGUUUUGUUUUUUUCAUAUCUUUCAUUCCACUGUGUAAAGUGCUAGGAAAUUUCCAGUCUGAAAUAUUGCUUUUUAUUCUGGCAUUGGCAAAAAAACAAUGGAAGUGACUUGUUAGCUGAUGGCCAGAGGGUGGUAAUAACCAAUUGUCCCCAAAUGUCCAAUGUAAAUUUUUUUUUAACUCUUGCACUUCUCAGUGCCUGGCAGCUGCAAGGGUCCCAACUGCCCCUGGGCAGUCUGUGGCCCUGGUUGAAGGAAGCACAAACUAGGAGAUGUCUGCAUCUCAUCUGGGCUUGCAGAUGGGCGAGGAUCUACCUGUCUGCCAUUGCCAGCAAGCAGGGAUUGCAGGCAUUACCUGGAGCCUAGCCAAGCUAGGUAGAUGGGCUUGUGUAAAGGGCCCUCAGGCUUGCUCUCCCCAGUUCCCACUAGAAGGGGCACUCCUGCCUGCGGUGGCCACCUCUGUCUUCCUACUGAGAACUUCCUGUUCCAGGUUUUAGAAUUUUCUUAUUGUUGUUAGGACCAAAUAUAGACUGGCUCAAGAUCUAUAAGAAAAUCACACCAGGGUUUGGAGAUCUCUUAGGGAAGUUGCUUAGAAUCUUGUCUGGAGUUAAGGUUUGGGGGGUAACAAGUAACAUGGGGCUGGUUUAGGAGAUGUAGGCCUAUAGGAGAGGCCCCUCUCAAGACAGAUACUGCCUAGCAGCAAGGGUGCAAGGCUGCGGUUUGGGGUCAGAGCAACUAGAAAUUCUUAACUUACCGUAAAGACACAGGAGGAUCCAGGUUGUUCACAUAAGCAGGGAAGAGCCCAGGGGAAUGUGCAGCCAUGUGGUCUACCAGCAGCAGGCCACCUGGGUCCACCACACCUCAGCAGACACAGCAAAUGCCUCCCUGACCCAGGGCUCCUAGGGACUCUUGCUGCUAUGCUUGCCAGCAAAUGGCAAUCAAGGGACAGUUAGCUACUUGCCCCCACACAGGUCAGCAGCAGGGCCACAUCCCUUGCCCACAGCCCAGGACUCACACCGUAUCACGCGUGGCCUUGUCUAGACCCAGUCCUGAGCAGAGGAGCCUGGUGCCCUCCCAGUCCACAGGGUCUUCCCACUGCCCCUCCUCUGCCACUGCCACAGAGCAGCAGGACCCCCACCUACCCUAGGGACUCCACAGCUUCUGGCAAGCAGGUCUCUGGGCUGUGCUGGGGAGUCAGGCUGACGAGCCCACAGCCUCACCUGCUGCUGUAGCUGUCAGCUGGGCCUGGUGGCCUGUGGUUGAUGGUCACCAUUAUUGAGUGAGUGGGAAUGGCCUGGCUUCUGAGAGGACUGUCACUGUGGACACCAAAAUGGCUUAACUGAGAUACAGUGAAAACAUGACAAAUAAACCGACUUUUUACAA